GGUAGGGUCUCGUCUUCCUUUCAGAGGAUAGAAUGCUGGUUUCAAGGACUUUCUUUUAUUACAUGUCCCAAGUGUCAGCAGACAGUGCAAUUCCCCCACCCCUACUCUGCCCCACCAGCAACAAUGGAGGUAAAGCAGAGAGUAUGAAAGCCUAUCUAAAGAGCGCAGGAGGCUUUUUUGUCCUGAAUAAAAGCACUACGAUUGGAAGGCAUGAAGAUUCAGACCUUGUUUUAGAGUCUGCAGACAUCGACAACCAUCACGCGCUCAUUGAAUAUAAUGAGGCCGAGAGCAGCUUUGUUCUCCAGGACUUCAAUUCCCGCAACGGCACGUUCGUCAACGAGUGCCACAUUCAGAACGUGGCUGUGAAGCUCUUACCUGGAGACAUCCUGAGGUUUGGGUCCGGAGGGCCGACCUACGAACUGAUCAUCGAAAACCCAGCCUCGGUCUCCUUCCCGUGGAUGAGGGACCCAGCACCUUGGCCAAGGCCACAGCCGCCUCGGGCCACCCAGCAACCGAACCAGUCACCCUCACCACCACAGACCCCCUUCCACCCGGGCAUCUGGCCAGCGCCAGUGCAGAGGAGAUGGUCCCAGGGGUUCCCCGGGCCCCACAUGGUCCCACCUGCCUCCCACAAGCGGCCCGUGAGUGCCAGCGGGAAGAUGUUCUCCUUCGUGGUGGACAGAGCUGCCCACAGGGUUCCCAUCAUCAAGCAAGUGUGGACCAACGCCGUGGAGCUGUCGGAACAAUCAGUGGCCGAGGAAAUUCCUGGGGCAGGGUCCUCCAGAGAGAUUUUUGUGGACCGGGACCUGGCCCAGCACGAUAAGGAUGAAAUAAUUCUGCUGCUGGGAAAAGAAGUCAGCCGUCUCUCGGAUUUUGAACUUGAAUCCAAGUACAAAGACACCGUGAUAGCAAGCCUGCAGAACGAAGUGGCCAACCUGAGCCAGAAGCUGUCGGAAACAGCCGCCUCCAGGCAGAAGGAGAGGGUGAUCCCGCCCAAGUUUCAGGUUCUGCAUGAAGAGGACGAUGCCCAACAGAGAGAGAUCCAGAGCUUGAAAAACCAGAUCAGUGCCCUACAGCAAGGCUACAGCCAGGUGCUGUGCCAGACCCUGUCUGAGAGAAACUUAGAAAUCACAUCCCUGAAGAACGAGGCCGAGAACUUAAGGAGGGAUACCGCCAUCACAUCAGAGAUGGUGUCAUCUUUGCAAAGAGAUGUGUUAGUGAAGGAUGAUCAAGUUCAACAACUGAAACAGGAGGUGAAUCAACUAAAAAGUGAGAACAAAGAAAAGGAUCACCAGCUCGAAGCCCUCAGCUCCAGAUGCUCAGUGCUGAAAGAAGAGUUACAGAAGGAAGAGGCCCAGAAGGAGCACUGGGAAGCCCAAGAGAAAGAGUUAAAACUCUGCAAAACCCAAAUCCAUGACAUGGAGAAAGAAAUGAGGAAGCUCAGGGAGGAGCUGAAAAGGAGCAGUACCGAGCAGAGCCUGAUCUCUAAGACGCUGCGGGAAAAGAGCAAGGUUGAAGAGAAGCUUCAGGAGGAUUCCAGAAGGAAAUUGCUUCAGCUGCAAGAAAUGGGAAACAGAGAAAAGCUCAUUAAAGCCAAUUUGGAAAGGGCAGUAGGUCAGCUGGAGCUUUUCAGAAGUCAGGUCAUCAAGGCCACCUACGGACGCGCGAAGCUGUUCCAGGACAAACCCGUCUCCGAUCAGCAGUUAAUAGAGAAGAUCACCAAGGUCACAGAGGACAACAUCAACUUUCAGCAGAAAAAGUGGACCCUGCAGAAGGAGCCCCAGCUCAGCAGCUCCAAACAGGAGGAAGUCACAGAGAACAUCAAGAAGCUGAAGACGUCCUUAGACAGUUGCCAGGCUUGCAUGAAAAUGUCUUGCUGUAGCAAUGACCUGAAGAAGGAGGUCGACCUCCUGCAGCACCUGCAGGUGAGCCCACCUGUCUCAGGGCUCCAGAAGGUGGCGCUGGACAUCUUGCACCUGUCACUGUCCUGGCUGGAGGAAACGGAGCAUCUCCUCCACGAGGUGGGGAUCCAGUUCCCCAGCUCCGACAAAGAUCAAGAUCAACAGUUCUCAGGAAACUCAGCAGUAUUUGCUGCAAGAAAAGUUACGGCAGCAUCUGGCAGAGAAGGAGAAGCUGACCGAAGAAAGGCUACAGCAAGAGGAGAAGCUGAAAGCCAGAGUCAAGCGGCUAAUGGAAGAGAAAUCGGUUCUGACCUAACUGGGGCUUUGGAGGAAACCAUUUCUCGGGAGAAAAGCAGAGCGAAGGAAGCAUUAGAAGAAGAACAGAGCAAAGUCCAAGAGCUGGAGAAUCGCUUAACCCGCCAGAAGGAGAUUUCAGAGAGCAGCAUCGCCUACGAGAAACACAAAGCGAAGGAGGCCAUAGAGAAGGAAAAGAAAAAGGUGCAAGAUCUGGAGAACCGCAUAACCAAGCAGAAGGAGGAAAUAGAUUUAAAAAUGCAAAAAGAAGACAUUUUAAAUAAUAAAUUAAAUGAUGCACUGGCCAUGGUAGAAAAGACUCAGAAAACAAAGACGGCUGAAAGUCUAAAAGCAGAGAGCCUCACCAUGAAAUUAAGUGAAACAUUAGCUGAACUGGAAACUGCCAAGACGAAAAUGAUCAUGAUGGAGGAGCGGAUGCAGCUGCAACAGCACACAGUAAGGGCCCUCCAAGAAGAACAGGAAUCACAGAAGCACGGAUUUGAAAAACAGAUCAUGGAAUACAAGGAGCAAAUCAAACAGCACUCCCAGACGAUUGUGAGUCUUGAAGAAAGACUCCAGAAAGUGACCGAACACCAUAAAAAAAUAGAAGGAGAGAUUGCAACGUUGAAGGACAAUGACCCAGCCCAGGAGGGGGAAACACAGCAAGACACUGUGGCAGCACCUCCGGUGGAGAGCACCGCCAAAGACGCAGUGUGUGAACACCUGAUAGAGGAUUUAUUGACCGCUCAGAAGGAAAUCCUGUCUCAGCAGGAGAUCAUCAUGAGGUUAAGGAAGAACCUCACUGAAGCCCAUAGCCGAAUGUCAGAUUUGAGAGGGGAGCUUAACGAGAAGCAGAAGGUGGAACUGGAGCGGAAUGUGGCGCUGGUCCAGCAACAAAGCAGCGAGCUGAGUGUGCUCAAGGAAAAGAUGGCACAGAUGACCAGCCUGGUGGAGAAGAAGGACAAGGAGCUAGAGGUCCUCAAGCAGGCACUCAGGGCCUCCCAAGAGAAACACAGACUCCAGCUGCACAAGGAGAAGGAACAGAAGCCCAGGAACACAACCCAGAUGUGUGACACCUCGGUGCAGAUAGAACCAAUCCACACCGAUAUUUUCUUGAGCAGCCAGGAGGAGCAGUCCUUCAGUGACCUAGGGGCCAAGUGCAAAGGGUCCCGACAUGAGGAAGUCAUUCAGCGUCAGAAAAAGGCCUUAUCUGAGCUUCGUGCGCGAAUUAAAGAACUUGAGAGGGCCAGCUCGUCAAAUCAUAAGGGCCACAUGGAUGGAUCAUUUCUAGACUUAAAGACCCUCGGGAUGGAAAAAAAUGUUCAGAAAAUAUUGGAUGUAAAACCUGACUUGCCAACUUUUUCAAGAGUAGAGAUCCGAGCGCCUCAAAAUGGCCUUUCCAGCCCAGGGUCCAUCACAGCCACUGAGAAGUUAGAGGAAACGGAUGUGGCUGAGGCUUUAGAUCUUAGUGAAAAGCUGUACAUGGAUAUGAGCAAAACCCUCGGGAGUCUGAUGAACAUCAAAGAUAUGUCAGGUCACGUGUCCAUGAAACACCUCUCCCCAAAAGAGAGGGAGAGAGUCAACCAGCUUCGACAAAGAGACCUCGACCUGGUGUUUGAUAAGAUCACCCUACUCAAGAACCAGCUGGAGAGAAAAGAAGAGCUUUUGAGAGGCUACGAGAAAGACAUUGAACAGCUCAGGCAGAGCAAAGUGUCGGUUCAGAUGUACCAGUCACAGGUGGCAAAGCUGGAGGACGACAUCUACAAAGAGGCCGAAGAAAAGGCGCUGCUGAAGGAGGCCCUGGAACGCACGGAGCAGCGGCUGCACCACGAGAAGAGGGUCAACAGGGCGAUCAGGCAGCAGAAGGUUGGAGCCAGAAAAGGCACCCCAAAGAUGGACCAAGAAAGGGAGAUGCUGAAGAGAGAAGUUUCCAGCAGAUCCAGCCAGAGCCUUUUGUUUUCUAAACCUGGUGGAAGGAACUAGAAACGUCGUCCCGCUGGGCCUCGCGUGAUCCUCCGUGAGUCAGUGUAACUCUUCUGCGUCAAACUACUAAGAUGCUUUUUUAGGACUUUAAAGGUUGCUACCCGAGUGUGUUGCUUCCUAGACUGGUAUUUUGCACAAUACUGUAUUUUGGAGUGUGUGAGGAGAGGGGUUCUUUUCACAGAUAGUACGAAUGUAAACAUACUCAGGCGUAUGAAGAAUAAGUUUGACAUUCAGACUCCUAGGCCCAGUAGAUACAAUUAUGUGUUUGGGUAGUGACAAACCCACAUGUCACACCUCCAAGGAGCUCCGAGAAACCCGCAGUUGAGAAAACCCAG